AUGUUGAUAUUAUAUUCGAAAACACAGGUUGCCAUAUCAGUUCCAACCAAAGUAAGAUCUAGUUUUUUUAGUCGGGUACUUUCGCACGUCCCAUACUUAGGAGACCUUGACAGAAAUCAAAUUGAGAAAUACUUACAGUUAGAUCACGUAGAGCCUUUGUUACUAAAAGAUGUUACUCCGCUCCACUUCCAACAAUAUAAUCCACUGGUAACACAUCCCGUGGACAAUAGAUUGAGUCCUAUUUUAAUGCUUCACGGGUUAUUUGGUUCUAGUAGAAACUUUAGGUCUGUUGGAAAAAAAAUUACAGAACGAACCCGGCAUUUUGCAGGAGGAGUUGACUUGAGAAACCAUGGCAAAACUGCUAAUGUGGCACCAAUUGAUUACUUGUCAAUGGUAAGAGACGUGAUCAAUUCAUUGGAAGUCAGACAAUGGAAAGAUACAAUCUUAGCUGGACACUCUAUGGGAGCAAAGGUAGCAAUGUUAGUUGCGUUGUUACGGCCCGACCUUGUAUCUAAGCUAGUCGUUAUAGAUAACAGUCCAGUAUCACAACCUCUCGAAAAAAACUUCACACUCGACUUACUAGGUAUGUGUCUGGUAGAGCGUACAUUUUCAAGUUAUUACAAGGAACCGAUUUCACCAUUGCGUACAAGUUACAUCGAUAAGGAACUCAGUAAAUAUGAAAAAGAUCGUAAAGUUCGAUUUUUUUUGACCUCCAAUAUUGAGAAAAGAGCCACUAAGAGAUCUACCUUGUUUGAUGUCCCCGUUUUGAAUCUCCUCAAAGAUGACGUAAUUACAGAGAUAGGCGAUUGGCCACUGGGUGCUGUUAUUGGGAAAACAUUUAGCAAGCCAGUAUUAAUUAUGGAAGCUACUGGAUCUAAUUUUAUUAAUGAAGAAUCUAUAUCAUCUUUCAAUGAAUUCUUUCCAAAUAAUCGCAAAACAACAUUCAAGUCUGGCCACUGGAUUGUGUCUGAGAUGCCGCAUAAGUUUAUAGAAGAAUUUAUAGACUUCAUCAAGCUGUAG